AUGGGACAAGGAGUAUCUGCUGGUCAAGAUAAAAAAAAAAAGAAUAGUAACAAGGAUAAGCCAAAAUAUGAACCACCAGUUCAAUCAAGAUUCGGGAGGAAGAAAAGAAGAGGCGGUCCAGCAACAGCUGAGAAAUUACCAAAUAUAAACCCGUCAACCCGUUGUAAGCUGAAGCUUCUAAGAGUUGAGAGAAUCAAAGACCAUCUACUGUUAGAAGAGGAGUUUGUGACGAAUUCAGAGAUCCUUAAACCAUUUGAGAAAAAACAAGAAGAAGAAAGAAAGCAGCUGGAGGAAAUCAGAGGUAAUCCGUUAAGCAUCGGAACUUUAGAGGAAAUUAUCGACGACGACCACGCAAUUGUCACAAGCCCAACAAUGCCAGACUAUUACGUUUCCAUACUGUCGUUUGCUGAUAAAGAACUUCUAGAGCCGGGAUGUUCUGUACUUUUGCAUCACAAGACAAUGUCAAUUGUUGGUGUCUUGCAGGACGACACGGAUCCGAUGAUUUCUGUGAUGAAGAUUGAUAAAUCCCCGACCGAAAACUAUAGUGAUAUCGGAGGUCUUGAAAAUCAAAUCCAGGAGAUCAAGGAGGCUGUCGAGCUGCCAUUAACUCAUCCAGAACUGUACGAGGAAAUGGGCAUAAAACCACCCAAGGGGGUUAUACUGUACGGUGCACCGGGAACAGGUAAAACUCUUUUGGCGAAAGCAGUUGCAAAUCAAACCUCUGCGACUUUUUUGAGAAUCGUUGGUUCCGAAUUAAUUCAGAAAUAUCUUGGUGAUGGUCCACGUCUCUGUAGACAGAUUUUCAAGGUUGCAGCAGAAAAUGCUCCAAGUAUUGUUUUCAUUGAUGAAAUUGACGCUAUUGGUACAAAAAGAUAUGAUUCAAAUAGUGGUGGUGAGAGAGAGAUUCAGAGGACAAUGUUAGAAUUACUGAAUCAAUUAGACGGGUUUGAUGAUAGAGGUGAUGUUAAGGUCAUUAUGGCAACAAAUAAAAUCGAAAGUCUUGAUCCUGCUUUAAUUAGACCGGGGAGAAUUGAUCGUAAAAUCCUUUUCGAAAGUCCAGAUUUGUCAACAAAGAGAAAAAUUUUGAGUAUUCAUACUUCAAAGAUGAACCUAAACGAAAAUGUCAACUUUGAAGAAUUAGUAACAUCAAAGGAUGAAUUAUCUGGUGCAGACAUUCAAGCGAUGUGUACUGAAGCAGGUUUGUUAGCUUUAAGAGAGAGAAGAAUGCAAGUUACUGCGGAAGAUUUUAAGCAAGCAAAAGAACGUGUAAUGAAAAAUAAAGUUGAAGAAAAUCUUGAGGGUUUAUACUUAUAA